AAAACACAAAAAACAGUUUCUCAGUGUUCAGUUUUUAGUUGAGUUUUACGCAGAGACCCCCCCAAAACCCUUGUUUUCCUUCAUUUCUGUACGGCGUCAUCUAUCAGUGACUGUAUUUCGGCUUAGCUGAGCCUCCAACACGCACCGCAUCAAGUUUCCAGUGAUGGAUGAAGUGUGCGAGGGGAAGGACUUCUCGUUCCCGAAGCAGGAAGAGAAGGUUCUAGAAUUCUGGUCCAAAGUGAAGGCCUUCGAAACACAGCUAGAACUCACCAAGGACAAGCCCGAAUACAUCUUCUACGAUGGUCCUCCCUUUGCCACCGGCCUCCCUCACUACGGCCACAUCCUCGCCGGCACCAUCAAGGAUAUCGUCACGCGUUACCAGUCCAUGACGGGGCACCACGUCACGCGCCGAUUCGGAUGGGACUGCCACGGCCUCCCCGUCGAGAACGAGAUCGACAAGAAGCUCGGAAUCAAGAAGAGGGAGGACGUUAUCAAGAUGGGGAUCGAUAAGUACAAUGAGGAGUGUAGGAGCAUAGUCACGCGCUACGUUAGCGAGUGGGAGAAAGUCAUUACGCGCACCGGCAGGUGGAUUGACUUCAAGAACGAUUACAAGACCAUGGACCGGAACUUCAUGGAGUCCGUUUGGUGGGUCUUCGCUCAGCUCUUCGAGAAAGGAUUGGUCUACAAAGGAUUUAAGGUUAUGCCGUAUAGCACUGGCUGCAAAACUCCGUUGUCUAAUUUUGAGGCGGGUCAGAAUUAUCAGGAUGUACCUGAUCCCGAGAUAAUGAUGACAUUUCCGGUUAUUGGCGAUCCACAUAAUGCUUCUUUUGUAGCUUGGACAACUACUCCAUGGACCCUUCCAAGUAAUCUAGCUCUUUGUGUGAAUGCUAAUUUUACCUACGUGAAGGUUCGCAAUAAGUAUUCGGGCAAAAUUUAUAUCAUUGCUGAAUCUCGUCUGUCGGCACUACCUAAGGAUAAACCCAAGGAAGCUGUUGUUAACGGUUCUGUUGGGGCCCCCAAAAAAGCAAAUGUGAAGUCCAAGGAAUCUUCCGGCGGAAAAACUGAAAAUGUUUUGGAUUCUUUUGAAGUGCUGGAGAAAUUCCCAGGGUCUUCGCUAGUGGGAAAGAAGUAUGAACCAUUAUUUGGUUACUUUAUAGAGCUAUCUGAUACUGCUUUUAGAGUUGUGUCCGACAAUUAUGUUACUGAUGAUAGUGGUACUGGCAUUGUCCAUUGUGCCCCUGCUUUUGGUGAAGAUGAUUUUCGAGUUUGCAUUGAGAAUCACAUUCUUAAUAAGGAUAAUCUAACAGUAGCUGUUGAUGAUGAUGGCUGCUUUACUGAAAAAAUUACUGACUUUAGCGGCUGCUAUAUCAAAGAUGCUGACAAGGAUAUAAUUGAAGCUGUGAAGGCAAAGGGUAGGCUGGUUAAGCAAGGCAACCUGGGAUUGUUUGUUAAGGUGGAGUUAUUGAAAGAGAAAUUAUUGGAAAAUAAUAAGCAGACUUACUGGGUCCCGGAUUUUGUCAAGGACAAACGAUUUCACAAUUGGCUGGAAAAUGCCAGAGAUUGGGCAAUUAGCCGAAGUAGGUUUUGGGGGACUCCUCUCCCUUUAUGGAUUAGUGAGGAUGAAAAAGAAAUAAUUGUCAUUGAUUCUGUUGCAAAACUUGAAAAGCUUUCAGGUGUAAAGGUGUUUGAUCUUCAUCGUCAUAACAUUGAUCACAUUACAAUUCAAUCCGAAAGUGGCCGUGUGCUUCGACGGGUUGAUGAUGUGUUUGACUGCUGGUUUGAAAGUGGAUCCAUGCCAUAUGCUUAUAUUCAUUAUCCUUUCGAAAAUAUUGAGCUAUUUGAGAAGAAUUUCCCUGGUCAUUUCGUGGCUGAAGGGCUAGAUCAAACCCGUGGAUGGUUUUAUACUCUUAUGGUACUGGCAACUGCAUUAUUUGGUAAGCCUGCCUUUAGAAAUUUGAUUUGCAAUGGACUUGUCCUGGCUGAAGAUGGGAAGAAGAUGAGUAAAAGUUUGAAAAAUUAUCCUCCGCCCAUGGAAGUUGUUGAUGAUUACGGAGCAGAUGCAUUGCGUUUAUACCUUAUAAACUCUCCUGUUGUGCGAGCUGAGCCACUGCGUUUCAAGAAGGAAGGAGUUUAUGGUGUUGUUAGGGAUGUUUUUCUCCCAUGGUAUAAUGCAUAUAGGUUCCUUGUUCAAAAUGCAAAGAGGCUUGAAGUUGAGGGGCUAGCACCUUUUAUUCCAAUUGAUCAUGCUACACUCCAGAAGUCAUCUAAUGUUCUUGACCAGUGGAUCAACUCAGCCACACAGAGUCUCAUUCAUUUUGUCAAACAAGAAAUGAAUGCUUACCGGCUCUACACAGUUGUUCCUUACCUCCUGAAGUUUCUUGACAACCUGACAAAUAUAUACGUACGGUUCAACCGGAAGAGACUUAAAGGUCGUACUGGAGAAGAAGACUGCCGGACAGCUCUGUCAACUCUUUAUAAUGUGCUUUUGUUGUCCUGUAAAGUUAUGGCUCCUUUUACUCCAUUCUUCACCGAGGUCCUCUUUCAAAAUAUGAGAAAAGCCUGUAAUGGGCUUGAGGAAAGCAUACACUAUUGCAGUUUCCCUGAGGAAGAAGGCGAGAGGGACGAGCGGAUUGAGCAGAGCGUUUCCAGGAUGAUGACAAUAAUUGAUCUGGCUCGAAACAUUCGGGAGCGUAACAACAAACCUCUGAAGACUCCGCUAAGGUGGGAGGUACUGGUUGCUGAAACAGGUUGUGAUUUGAUAUAUAUGAAUCUGUUUGUGUUACAGUAUGUGCUGGAGGAACUAAAUAUCCGGUCACUUGUACCAUGUAAUGAUACUUUGAAGUAUGCUUCUUUACGUGCUGAGCCUGAUUUUAGCAUUUUGGGAAAGAGACUUGGAAAAUCUAUGGGUAUCGUUGCUAAAGAAGUCAAAGCAAUGUCACAAGAAAGUAUUUUGUCUUUCGAGAGUGCUGGAGAAGUUGUUAUUGCAAAUCACUGUUUGAAGCUGACUGAUAUUAAGAUUCUUCGUGAUUUUAAGCGACCUGAUGGUAUGACAGAGGAGGAGAUUGAUGCAGCAGGAGAUACUGAUGUUUUAGUGAUAUUGGACUUGCAUCCAGAUGAGUCUCUGUUGGAGGCUGGUGCUGCCCGUGAGAUCGUUAACAGAAUUCAAAAGUUACGGAAGAAAAUUGCUCUUGAACCGACUGAUAUGGUGGAGGUUUACUUUGAAUCAUUGGAUGGAGAUAAGAAUCUCUCUCAAAGGGUUUUGCACUCUCAGGCAUCUUACAUCAGGGAUGCUAUUGGUUCUCAAUUGCUUUCACAUUCUUUGAUGCCAGCACAUGCUGUUGUCCUUGGUGAAGAGAGGUUCCAUGGGAUUUCUGGCAUGUCAUUUGGUAUCAUUUUGGCAAGACCUACAGUGAUGUUUAACUCAAAAGCCAUUCUACCAUUGUUUCAAGGUAACAAGAAAUACGCCCAUAAUCUUGAAACUUACUUGCUAUCGAGAGAUAAUUCAAAUUUGAAGUCAGAAUUUCAAAAUGGAAAUGGAAAGAUUAUAGUUGACUCCAUUGAAGAACAACCCUCUGUAAGCCUGGUCCUUGGUGAGCAUGUGUUUCUCACUGUCGGGGACUGCUACGUUGCUGGAAAAGCUAAUUAAUUUAGGUUGCUGGAGUUUUCCUUUCGAUCUUCUAUAAUGUUGAUGUGUUAUUCCUUUGUAUGAUUAGUUAACAGAAAGCGGAUACUGUGUUUUAUCUCAUUUUUAAUGUUAUUCUUUGGCUGUAUAGAGAACCUCAGUUGUUUUAUUGAAAUAUAAGUUGCUUCAAGUAACUACAGAUAAUAAUAUCUCAAUUUUGUCGGGCUGGUGCUCGUUUACCA